AUGGAAAGUAAGGAGAAAGACUUAAAUGGAGUUAACACUUCUUUGAUCAACACCCAGUGCGAUCCACCACACAAGAGUACAAAGAAGGAUAUUAUAAUAACACAUAAUGGCAAGUUUCACUUGGAUGAGGUUCUGGCUUGUGUCAUACUAAAAAGUAUAAGGCCAGAGAGUGUGAUUGUUAGAACCAGGAACUCAGAGUUGAUAGAAAAAUUAAAAGAGCUGGGAUAUGUGUAUUCUAUAGUGGAUGUUGGAGGUGUAUUUGAUAAUACCAAAAGAUAUUUUGACCACCACCAAGCUGGUUUUGAGGAAACCUAUUCUGAGAAGUACUCCGUGACUUUGAGUAGCUCUGGGUUGGUUUACAAGUACAUGAGAGAUGAGUUUUUCAGGUCUGUGGGUGUAGACAAGGAUAAGGAAGAAUUGUAUGAAGAAUUGGUGGAGGAUAUAUACCUUGAGUAUUUUUUGUAUGCAGAUGCUAUAGAUAACGGGGUAACCAUCUAUGGAGAGAUAAUACCCAGAACAAUGGCAUCAAUGAUAGAUUCACUUUAUGAAUAUAAAAAGGAUGAGAAUGAGAGAGUAGAAAAUGAUAUAAACAGUUUGAUAGAAGAGAUUCUAGAGGAUAGGAUCAAAGAUACAGAUCAAUCCUUUUAUAAAGGGUUUAAUCUUGUAGAAGAAGAUUUAAAAAGAUAUCUCCAUAAGAAGAUAAACCAUUGGUUACCUUCAUUUAAGAAUUUGGACAGAUUUGUAAGAGAAUCUACCAGUGAUAUACUAAUAAUAGAUAAGGAUACAGUUAUAAGCACAGAGAUGAUAAAUGUGGUAGAGAAGAAGUACAACAAGGAUAUAAAAUUUCUAAUUUACGAUGAUAAGAACCAUAAAAGGAUAUGCACCAUUAAUAAAGCUAGAUGGAGAUUUGAGUCCAAACACAGCUUAAAAAAGGAAUGGGGUGGUCUUAGAAAUGAAGAGUUGGAUAGGGUCUCUAAGAUCCCUGGAGGGAUAUUUGUUCAUAGAACGGGCUUUACAGGGGCGCACACAACUUUAGAGGGUGCUAUGAAGAUGUGCAGGGAAUCUCUAAAGGAUGAAGAGAGGAGAUAG